GUUCUCCUUCCGAAACACGUGUCCUCCUCUCUCUCUCUCUCUCUCUCUCUCUCUCUCUCUCUCUCUCUCUCUCUCUCUCUCUCCUGUAGGAUCGAUUCAUGCUUCUUCCCUCUUCGUCUUCUCCAUUGAUCUCUCAAGCCCGCCCCCCGUCUUGAAUCUACGGUUCUGCUGUUGUGAUUUUCAGAGUUUUGUAUAUUUGAAUAAUUCUCCGCGCACGCAUUUCCUGCGAGAUCGAGCAGCGGAAAUUGCAGAGAUCAAACUAGAAGAGGCAAGGAUGAACGGCAGUAAUUUGGAGACUCGAUCGCUGCUGGACGAGCUUUGCAGCUUCGACAAAGGCGGAUUCUUCGACCUUGGCCACCCUCUCCUCAACCGCGUCGCCGAGAGCUUCGUCAAAGCUGCUGGUAUCGGAGCGAUUCAGGCUGUAUCGCGCGAGGCCUAUUUCACCGCCAUUGAAGGUUCAGGUCUCGACUCCGCCGGCGCGCAGGACGUCACAGGUACCAAGAAGCAACGCUUUCCGGACCUCAAAGGAGAAACCAGCAGGAAAUCUCUUGAAGCCUUGGUGAAAAGUACAGGAAAAGAAUCUUUACAAUGGGGACUCGCUGCAGGGGUGUAUUCGGGGCUUACAUAUGGGUUGAGGGAGGCCCGUGGAGCACAUGAUUGGAAAAACAGUGCCGUGGCAGGAGCAAUUACGGGUGUGGCGUUGGCGCUUACAUCGGAUGACACUUCCCAUGAGCAGAUUGUGCAAUGUGCCAUUACUGGAGCUGCCAUCUCAACUGCUGCAAAUCUUCUUACAGAGAUAUUUUAGGAAGUUUCCUUCUGAAUUUGGUAUUUUUCCUGGGUUUUGCGCUUUUCUUGGGCUUAUGUUCGUUAUCUUGCAAGAAGUUUACUUCUGAAUUUGGUAUUUUCCUGGUUUUUUGCCCUUUUCUUGGGCUUAUGUUCUGUGGAUGGUUUAACGUUAUGAACAGAUGGCUACUAUAAAAGUUAGAAAUGAGGCUAGGCUGGUUUUU